AUGGCCCUGGCGGACGGUCCUGGUGAGCUAUGUUCCGAAGAGCCGGACGUUCCCGAUGAGCUGUCCUCCGAAGAGCCGGACGCUCUCGGUGAGCUGACCUCCGAAGAGCCGGACGCUCCCGAUGGGCUGUCUUCCGAAGAGCCGGACGCUCCCGAUGGGCUGUCUUCCGAAGAGCCGGACGUUCCCGGUGUGCUGUCUUCUGAAGAGCCGGACGUUCCCGGUGAGCUUUCUUCCGAAGAGCCGGACGGUCCCGGUGAGCUGUGUUCCGGAGAGCCGGACGGUCCCGGUGAGCUGUGUUCCGGAGAGGUAGACUUUCCUGGUGAGCUGUUUUCCGAAAAGCCGGACGGUCCCGGUGAGCUGUGUUCCGGAGUGCCGGAUGGUCCCGGAGAGCUGGACGGUCCAGGAGAGUCGUGUUCCGGAGAGCCGGACGGUCCCGGAGAGCUGUGUUUCGGUAAACCGGACGGUGCCGGAGAACUGGACGGUCUUGGAGAGCUGUAUUCCUCGGAGCCGGACGGUCCCGGAGAGACGGACGGUCCUGGUGCACCAGACGGUUCGGGAGAGCUGAACGGUCCAGGAGAGCUGUGUUCCAGAGAGCCAGACGGAAAGCUUAGUUGUGGAGAUCCGGGCGGCCUCGGUGAACUGUGUUCCGGGAAGCUGUGUUCCAGAGAGCCGGACGAAUUUUGGAGACUUUGA